GGCGUUUGGUUUGACAGUUAGCUAAGUUUGCUUUUUAACAAAUAAAAAUUUUAAGUGGUUCGAUGGUUUAAUUACAUUUUUUAAAAAAAACAUGUUUACGCUGCCGAAUUUUUGUCGUGUGUGUCUCAAAUAUGAUAAAAAUUUGAUCGAUUUGGCCCAUAUCGAAAAUGAGCCCAGUGAAACCCUAAUGAGCAAACUGCAGCUCUGUGUUUCUGAAGUGGAAUGGACUACCUUUAAACCUCUAUUAUGCCACCCUUGUAUUAAGCGUCUGAAUAUAGCCUACAGUUUCAAAAAGCAAUGCGUCCAAAGCGCGGGUGUACUCAAAAAUUAUAUCGAACUAGUGAAGGAAUCUCAAAAGAAGAACGAAUCUCAAGCAGCUGUUAAGACAGAAUCUGCAUUGCCUCAAACCGGGGCGUACAUGCUCCUACCGAAUCAUAAAUACGUCAAGAUCUUGGUGGGCAACCAGAACCAAAAUUCUACAGGUAACGCAAAUAAUUUUCAAAAUGUGUUUCUUAAUCUCAUUCCGGCAACUACGAUAAGCCCUAUUCCGAAUACCGCCGCGGACAAAAACAAAGAUACCAAUCAAAAUGUGUUUUUGAAUUUGAACAACACAAUCCAGAAAUUCAUUCCUGUUACGACCCUCCAGCCUCCACCGUUGAAGAAAACCGAACCGGUAAAGAAACAACAGAAUUCAGGUAUAGUGAACGUAGGCAAUGCAAACGUAUCACAGCUUCUCACAGAAUCCAAUGCUGAAGAAAUGAGCGUUGAAAUUGAUCCCACGUCAUUUUUAUCCCUGGAGCAUGACGAUCCAAGCAGUGAAGAUGAAAUUAAAACUAACGUAAUAUAUAAACCAAAUAACCAAAAGAAAUCAAAAAAUGAAGUAAACGCUAACGGCGUUAGCUCUAAUGGCACUGACCCAUCCUCAUCCGCCGCUAGUUUUGCCCCAGUAAUUCCAAAAGAAACUGAAAUUUACUCCGGAGGACAUUUCCUGAACAAUCCAGUACUAUCAGACUAUCACUGCGAAUCAUGUCAAAAGUCAUUUGCUACAGCCAGACUUUUAAAACAACACAUCAAACAAUUCCAUUUAGGCAAACUUCCAUUCAAUUGCCACCAUUGUUUUUCCGAUUAUUUAACGAGAGCCGAGUAUGACGCUUGCCUAUCACGCCACAAGAAGGAACUCGACUCACAAAAAACCUCCCUUACCCUAAGCGAUCUGAAAAGUAAUUCCUCUUACGAGUGCGACCUUUUGAAUGCCUCAGCCUCGGAAAUACCGGCAGACCUAAAUCUAGAACCGAACGAACACGGACAGUACGUUUGCGACGUUUGCGUGAGAGUGUUCACCGCAGCCUCGGGACUCCUGAGGCACAGGGUGAGAAAACACAAUCAGAAAAACCGAAAAAAAUAUUUUAUUAAAGGAAUGAAAAAUGCUCAAUGUGAUAUUUGUAAGAGGGAGUUCUCGACACACUCGUAUAUGUUACUGCACCGAAAAUUACACAUGAGAGAGGACGGAGGUUACAAAUUUAAGGUUCAAGGAAAGAGUAAGUAUAAGGAUGUCCUGGAUGAGGAGGGUAAUGUCAAAGAAAAGGAAGAAACAAAAAAAGAUGGUGAGGAGGAAGAGGAGAUAAACGUUACUCCAGACCUCACGAUGAAAGAUGAAUACGAAUCAGAUUCUGAUAGUGAUAAUGAGGGAGAAACUCAAGCUAAAAAAGCGAAACUGGAUGUUGAAUCAAGUAAUCAGAAGUUACAGACUGAAAAAGAGGAUGAGGAGGAGUUGAGUAGUGACCCACAUGACAAAAGAGAGGAAGGCCCAAAUACAGAAAAUGUAAAUGAUACGGAUUCUAGUGGAGAAUCGUCUUCCAGUGAUUCACAUUCGGAUCAGCAAGGACAAAGUGAUGAAAAAUAGUAAUAGUUUCUUAUAGGUUUGCAGAGCAAUAAAGAUCCCUGACACGUAGAUGUAUGGUCCAUCAAUUUUAAUAAGCAACUAUUUUUAAGGGCUAAUUACUAGAGAGCUUUAGAAAUCGCUUUUUUAGUUUUUUUUUUAUUAUGGCAAUAUAACUAUUAGGUUUAUCAGCUCAGUUUUGUUGCAAAAACACACUUUUGAUGUAAUUGGGCUUGGAAAUCUUAAAUGAAACAUGAACUGAAGAGAAUAAUUUAGUUGUUUUAACAAUAGUAUGAUAUUUUUAUCCAAUCUGAACUGAAUAUUAAUUAAGAUAAGGUUUACAGUAUAUCGAUUAAGUAUUUUUAGUUAUAUGAUUUUACGAUUUACAAAAGUGCAAAAAAUGACUAAAGAAAUAAGUUUCUUUUAAUCCACAUAUUUGAAAUAGUCAGUGCCUUUUAAGUGUACCGAGGCGGAAUUUUUUGCUUUUUGUAUGAGUAAGAUUAUUUUUUUUUAAUAAACAAACCUAUACAUAGAAGCCUUUUUUAUAGCGCUUUAAGUGAUAAGGUUUUUUUUAUACACAAACUAUAGCGUUAAGUCUACUUCAGUUAGAGUUUUAGAGACAUGUAUUUUUUCAGAAAUUGUAAAUAUUAAAUUAUUUUUAAGGGUCCUUUUUUUACAUUUAAAUGUUAAGUGUUAAACAGACUGUCAAAUAUUAUUUAUUCCUAACUGCAAAAUUCAACGAACAAUAGUCAGAUCUGCAUUUUUUCCAUAAUACUGCUUUUAAUCGUUUUAAACUUCCAUGCGAAUUAUGACACGUUGCAAUCGCAAUUUUGCAAGUAUCAAAUUUCAAGGCUGAAAAAAUGAUUUGUCAGUAGAACCAAACUUUUUUUUUUUUAGCAAAUAGUGCUAUACAUUCUAUGAUAUUGUAAAUAUUAUACCUACGUUAUUAUUGAUUGAUAUUUUUAGGCUUGCCCUUAAAGGUGCAAAAUAUAGUAUUUUUUUAUAUUAUUACAUGUGGACAAUUAUUGAUAGAUAUAUUUGAUAAAAUGCUCCCCGUUAUGUUAUUAUUAAAAAAAUCUCUAAGGAACAGUGAUGUUGACAUGAUUAUAUGUUUGUAUACAGAUUGUCUUAUCGAUAAUGGAAAGUCUGUUAACCGAUGGUACUGCCUAUGAAGCAAAUAAUAAUGAUUAAAAAUGCCUAAAUAGUCUUGAAACAUUGGAAGUUAUAUGGAAAUAUAAGGAACAUUUACUAUAAAGGCAAUUGGCUGACAAGAUGUCUGUUUUAUCAAGUUCAGAAGCUUGUAUUGUUCUUAGUUGUAUUGUUGUAUCAAUUUUAAUAGUGCCAUAAUCUCCUUAAAUUUUCUACAACUUACAGUAGUAGAGUCUCGAUAACGUGAACUAAUUAGGGAUGACUGUGUUCAUGUUUUCGAGGAGUUCAUGUUACUGGAUAAAGCUAAUCGCAUGAUAAACUAACACGUAUAUGUACUUUGAAUAUAAAUUUUAUUGGAAAAUCAAACAAAAACAUGUUAUACAGUUAGUAAUACAUAGUUGAAAAUGUAUAUGUUUAUACAUGGUAUAAAGAAAAAAAUAUUUAUUAUAUAGGUAAGUAUAUGUAUGUAAGUAAGUACAAUGUACAUUAUUUAUAUUUAAUCCGUUGUUUUUAGAAAAAAGUUAUCUAACUUUGUUUGACGGAUACGUUGUUUGUUUGAAAGAAUAGUUGCACAUUCACGUAAUUUGUGUAAAGACUGAAUAUCCUCGAAGUCGGCAUUGUUUUGCUCCGCCCAUUCUAGACCUCUCGCUGCCCUAGUAUUACAUAGUGUUAUGUUACAAAUUACCAGUUUUGAGAAAAUUAAUAUUAAAAAAAGCAUUUUAAAUCUAUACUUACAUUUGAGUGCCUUUUAAGUUCUUUUAAUUUUUGAUGAUUCUUAUGGCUAAAAGGUAUAUGGAAUAAAACGAAAAUAUGCAGAUUUUUGGUUUUUUAUUGGUUUUAUUUAUUUAAACAAAAAAACAUAGGACUCCCUAAUUUUUACGAAAUUAAAAAAAAAUUAGAUAUUGGUAACAUAGAACUUUGUACCUUCAAUUUAAAUGAAAUUAACUCGAAUUCUUAAGGUUUAAAAGAAUGCACUAAAACUCAAAAGAAAUGAAAAAGCAUUAAACAUAUCAAAAACUUAUACCUAAAUACGUAUACCUAAUAUUUUAUUUUUUGUGCUUACUCUACUAAAAAUGGUCUCAUAAUAAGCUACGUCAUUUUUUGGCAUCCAGUUAAACAUAGAUUUUAAAGCAUCUACUUUGUUUUGUGCAAGUGUUACUGCAGAAUCAUUCUUUCUGUGUUUCGGGAAAUAUAUCUUCACUAAGACUUUCCGCGGUAACAUGGCAUUGACGGCGACGACCAUUUCUUAAUCUUAAACUUAAAGAUUUAUAUUCAGCAUCAGAAAAGGAGACCCGAUAGUUUAUUUGAUAAAACGGUUGUUUGUUAAAUUCUAACCUUUAAAAAUGGAACAGAUUUAUAAUUCAAUUUAGCGGAAUAGUGAUUAAAAUCAAAAAAAUCUUGUUCCCUCAUUUGAAGAAUGGUAUACGGUUUUCUGGAAUUAACUUUAAGAAGUAUCCUAAUUAAAGAAAUGGGAGAUAAAUAUUCAGAUUUACGUAAAGUGCGCUCAAUUGAGCUAUGAACCGAAUCGACUUCCUGGAUGCACGAGUGACCUGGUACGGAAAAUUUACGAUUUUGUGGGACGCAGCUAUCGCUCCACAAAAUUAAUUCUUUUGUUUCUUCUUUCUUUUCAAAAAGAAUUUUGUAGACAGCGCUUGCGAUGUCAUUACCAGAACGGCUAGGAAUAGCUUCCGACCAAACUGCACAAUAAACUUUUUGGUCCACUGAAAAAUGUGCAGUCAAGUUGUAAAAGUUAAGUUUGGACUUAUAAAAGAAGUUUUUUACGCCACCCUUUGGGCAAGUUAAAACAUUUUCUAAGUUAAAAUUUAAAAUUGGUAUGCCACUUUCUUUGUCUUUUUUUUCUCCUCUCUCAUAAGAUUUUUUUCAUUAAUAUGCUUCUCAAAUUCUUUUCUCUUUCCGUCAGUUAACGUAUUUUCUUUUUUCUUUAAUUCAACUUCGGCACACAGAUCACAUAAAUCUUUUAUUGGUUUAUUAAAAGAGUAAUUAAACUCGGUACAGAAAAUUUCACAUUUGUGAAAUUUCACGGGAAUUAGACCUUUUCCUGCUAAUAUGUAGCGUAUAGGUUCGUAUAGGUUAUACAUUUUUUUAACGGACAGGUCACCUUCUAGGUAUUCUCUUUUGGUUUCUGCCCGGCAAUAAUGACUCUCUAUUACUGGAAACAUUUUAAUAUGUUUUUUUACCAGAUUUAUCGACUCUUCAGGAAUACACUUCUUUUUAUGUUGUCCCUGUGUACUUUUAUUGAAUGAGUGGAAACUCGUUGCAUGACUAUGGACGGUAUAUAUGGGUUUUUGGCUUAUACCUAGUGUUCCACAGUAAAAAUCUUUGCAGACCUGUAUUCUAUUAUUAUUUAAAAUAAAAUAAUAGCCAUUAGUAUUAUUUUUUCUUGAAUUUUCCGAAUUUUUUCUCUUUCUUCUUCUUUCAACUGUACACUUGGUCGUCGUAUUUAAUAUAAACAUUCUCUUUUCGUUGGCAUCUAGCUUAUAAUAAUUUGAAAAAAUUCUUUUCUAUCGUCUUUACCUAUUUUUGUAGCACACUUAAAGUAACAUCCAUUCAAACAAUCUUUUUUUUUUUUUUAAUUUUUCUAGCAGGAGGAAGCUUUUUUCUUGAUGACACGUAUUCCAGUCCCCUAUCAUAUUUUUCUUUUCGAAUAUUUUGUGCCCAGGAUUUCAAGUUCCUAGUUCUUUUACGUGAGAGCUUUUUUUUAGUUUUUUGCAUCACAAAUAUCAGAUCCCUCAUUACUGCUAUUCAUUUUUAAAGAUGUUAAAAAAAUACAAAAACAUACACGACGUUACUCCGCAAAAUAUAAAUAAUACUGAAAAACCUAACCUUAAAAAUACAAAAUCACACGAAUAACACCAAAAAUUUAGACUUACAAGGGUGUAUGUUGCAACAUAGUACCUUGUUAUACUCAAACACCAAAAAAAAAUUUAAAAAAUGAGUAUAUUAUAGGUGUAUGUUCAACAUAGUACUGUUACUGAAUUUUUAAAUUUUUAGGACAUACACCUUUGGUUUUUUUAUGAUUCUGAGAUUACUGUUUGCUUAAUUUUAGUUUUAAAAGGUUCUAUGUAUACCUUAUUACACAUAGAACUGUGUUAUCCCAAAAUCUAAAAAUGUCCAAAUUUGUUACAUACACCCUUGCAAUACUAGGGCAGCGCUCUGUUAAAUAUACGAACUGCCUCAACGUGAGUGACUUUAUCCAUAGCCUGAGAAACCUCUGGAUCUUGAUCCUGUUCGGUUUCUGAAUCAUUAGACACUGCAGUACAAUUCUCAUCAUGUUCAACGAAGUCAUCUUUAUUCCAUUCUUCGAUAUCUUCACGUUUGAAGUCUUGCCCUGGAUCAAUUUCUUCUAAUAAAUUGAGGUUAGUCUCUACAAUGCUAUUCAGGCUCAGCAAUUCUUUCCAAGGGUAUUGUGCCUUCACGAUCAUCAUUGAUUUGGCUUUCGAAAAUAUUUUUCCAACACUUUUUAACGGUUGCUGGUUCUAAUUUAUUCCAUGCUCGUGAAGUUUAAAAUAGCAUCCCUGAGGUUGUAUUGUUUGAUAAUGACAUUCAUGUCCUUAGAUUUAUUAGCUACAACCAUUGCCAAAAACAUGGAGCGAUAAUUCAGUUUAGUCAACCUAAUAACGUUUUGGUCCAUAGGUUGAAUUAGGGUGUCACAUUGGGAGACAUAUACAUAACUUGAAUUAGUCCAACAUCAGAUAAAAGUUAAUCUACUGGGGGAUAACUGGGGGCAUUAUCCAAUAAAAGAAGUGCUUUUUCUGGAAGACCUUGUUUCUUAAGAAAGUUUCUCACCUAAAAUUAAAACAAACUUUUAAUUUUGGCAGGAAAUUUACCUCAGGAACAAAAAUUUUUUUGAACCAUUCCUUAAAAAUUCCGGCUGUCAUCCAUGCAGAUUGUGAGUUUUUGUAGUGUACAGGAAUUAAGAGUUCUUAAAACUUCGUGGUUUUUUAGCUUUCCCUAUUACCAAAGAAGUCAAUUUUUGUAGUCCAGUCGCAUUUGUAUAUGCUAGAAACGUUAUUCUUUCUUUGGUUGUUUUUCUUCCAGGGGCAGUUUUUUCUUCACUGGAUACGUAAGUCUUUCCGGGUAAAGUGCUUCCAGUACAAGCCGGUUUCAUCGGCGUCGUACAUUUGGUUUUAGUCUAAGCUUAGGUCCUUCAUUUUUUCUUCAAGUUUACGUAAGAAUGGUGAAACCAGCUCAGGCUGAGAAGUUAGGAAGCGUAUGCCAAAUCUUUUCUUGAACUUUUGCAACCACCCCGAUCUCGCAGAAAAAGUGGAAUUUUUGUCGUACAGUUUUUCGUGAAAAUAUUUGGCUUUCUCUUUUAAAAUUAAACCACUUAUAGGUGCAUUCCUCUCUCGUCGCAAAAACCACUUAUACAAAGCUUUCUCCAUUAAUAGAUAUUCAGAAGGUCUAAGAGAUUUUCCUUUACCUGGUCCAGAAAAAGUCAAGGCAACUAUUGAAGUAAUUUGGUCUUUUUUUUUCUUAAUUGCACACACCGUGAAUUUGGCUAUUCCAUACUUUUUUGCUAAAAAGGUAACUCCGCAACCUCUACUAACAUCGGACAAGAGUUGGGCUUUUUUUUCCAGAGUUAAAUAAUUUACUUUCUUAGUAGACAUCGUGCUUGUUUCGUAUUGAUCGGCGAACAAACACUCAAUAAGACGCAAAUUUCAUAUAUCUUCCAAACAUGUACAAACAAGAUAUACAAUUUGGCGGCAAUAUGCAAAAGCACUAGGAAGUUAGUCAUAAGUUGCCGACAAAGGGAACAUAAGAAAUGCCGCUUAAUGCCUACGGGUAAAACGAUAUAAAUAUUUUUUUGUUCACGUUAUAGAGGCGAGAUAUUUUUGGCGUUCACGUUUUAGAAUAGGCUGUUCACGUUUAGGGAUGUUCACGUUAUAGGACGUUCACGUUAUCGAGACUCUACUGUACUUUGAAAUUUGCUCAAUAUCCUCAAUGUUUGUAGGAGUUCCACGAUAUGAAAGCUAUACAUUAAUAAACAUCAGAUUUGAAUAUUUUGUGUCUAGAUUUCCAAUAUUUCGAUUUCCAUUCGUCUCAUUCAAAUGUUGGUAGUGGAACUUUAGAAUAGACAUAAGUGCUCUCAAUCAAUGCAAGUGCUUUAAAAUAAUUUCAUAAAAAUAUAAAUUUAAAUGGUAUAUUUUGUUUUAAUGGAAAUUGAAGCCUAGAAAUUCAUCUAUCAAUAUAUUUCUAUUAUCAAUAUAUGCACGGACAUAUUGAUUAUAGAUAGUCAGUACAGCACAACCACCUUAGAAAUAUUCAUUUAAUUAAAUGACAAGGAAUGAAUGAAUAACACUAUCCACACCCAAUCCACCGACAUUUAAAUGAGAAAGUUUCACUUUAAUCAUUAUUAUUUGUCUUAUAGUAAGAAACCUCUGGUUACUAUAGUUUUUCCCUCUAAAAUAAUAAAUUAUUGCUCCAAUAUGUCAGCAGCGUUAAUUCUUAACAUUUUCUUAUAUUUUGUGACAUGGCAAAAAUUUUAUGUAAAGGGGUCACAGGUUUUAGGUAAAAUUUAGACGAUUUAAAUAAUAAUGAAUCUUUGACAUCAUAGGUAUAUAAUACCUAUGUAAUUAUCAGCAAUAACUACCAAAAAGUAUUAAUUAUGGAUAUUUUUACCACACACCUUUCUUUCCAUUUUUAUUUCCUCACUUAAAAUCUGGGACUCCUAUUGCAUGUCACUUUAAAUAUAAUGUAAAAUAUACGUUAAUAUUACACCUGUUAUAAGUACAGACUUACCACCCAUUGCGGCAUAUUCCUGGCCAUCCGCAUCCUGGUAGAAGGGUUAUGUAUGACCAUAGGUUUCCACUUUUCGUUUUUGUUCUGAAAAUGCAAACUAUUUACAUACGUAGUAGCUUUUAGGCUUCUAUUACACACAUCUCGUUUUUUUUUUAUUUAUAUUAUUCAUAUCAUGUAUUUUAUAAUACCGUAUUAUUGUAUCCACAAUAAAAUAUUUUUUGACAAAAGCA